AAUUCUUGGAGAUGAUGAAAAAGGAUGUAGCUGGUUUUAAGAUAAAUUUAAGUAAGUAAUUAGGAAGAGGAGCAUUUGCAACAGUUUAUGAAUGCUCGAAAGAAGGGAUAACAAUACCAUUAUGUGUGAAGGUAUAUUUUAUGGUUAUUAAUAAGGUAAUACAUUUGAUUUCAGACGAAGAAUAUGAUUAGUAGGCACUGAAAAGGGAGAUAAAAAUUUUGAUGAAUCUAACAAACUAUCAUCAUCCUCAUAUAAUUAAUGUAGUUGAAAUAUGCGAGGAUUGGUAGUAGAGGGUCUGUUAUGUGUUUAUGGAGAAAUGUUCUCAAGGCCACAUAGAGAAUACGAUUAAAGCAAGAGCUUCAACUAAAUCAUUUUUCAGUGCAGGAGAAAUAAUUGAAAUGACCACAUAAAUUAUUAAAGGAUACAGUCUUUUAUACAAAAACUCAAUAAUUCAUAGAGAUUUGAAACCAGAAAAUUUACUUUUUGGAGAUGAUGGAAAGAUCAAAGUAAAAUUGUGAUAAGCAUUAGAUUUCCGAUUUUGGUAUGAGCAAAAUAUUAGAAAAAGAAACUCGAAAUCAAUUAAUCUUUCAAUCAUAAGUAGGUACACCUUACUAUGCAUCUCCUUAAGUGUUAGAUGAUGGUAAAUAUUCAUCUAAAACUGAUGUCUUUAGUGUAAUUUAUAUUCUAAUAGUGAUAGCUUGGAGUGAUAGUGUACUACUUUACAUUCUUAAGACUACCAUUUGAUAAGAGAACUUUUACUGAAUUGAAAUUACAACAGAUAGCUUUAUUAAAAGAUAAAAAUUUGAUAUUUCCUGAGAUGAAGAUUUAAGGUGAAAACUAAGAAAAAGAUCUCUUACUUCGAUUCAUGUCUAAAACUAUUACGUUUUACGAAGAGACUAGAAUAGAUUGGCCAACAAUAUUUAAAAUGUUCCUGUCUCCAGAAGAAUGCAUUGAAUCAACAGCAUUAGUACCACAAUAAAAACUUGAAUCUAUAAUAAUACCUCCUCUGUCUGAUCUAAUAACUGAUAGUAAAGGAUAAAAGCGAUCAGAAAAAGCUUGUUAAUCUUAUCAAGUUAGAACUUUGAUAAGCAAUUUAAUGGCCAGAGAAGAAUUAGCUAGAUCUUGUUAGUAAUAUUUGAUAUGCUUGUAAUUAUACUCAACUAAAAUUAGAAACAAAUACACUUCAAUAUUUAGUAAUUAAGAUAAACAUAUGCUAAAGGCUGCACUGUGUGGUUAUCAAAUGGCAAUUAACUUAAAUUAAAUGUUCUUAAUCUCCAAUUAAUACGAUUAGGUUUGUAAAUAAAUACAGGAGACUUUUAAAGAGAAUAACAUUAAAAUUGAAUGUGAAUCUUAUAUGAAUGACAAAUAUGAAAAAGUAGAGGAGUAGAAACAGUAAGUCCUGAAAAAUUCUCAAAAUAAUUUAAUCUAAUUCAAAGUAAAGACAACCUAAUGUUUUAGGAAUCAAUCUCAUAAGUUCUGCAAGGGGAAGCAGAGAUAAAAGACGAGGCUUUGAAAAAAUUUAAGAUACUCUUAAGCAAAGCAGAAUAAUAACCAAACUAUGAAAUUUAUGCUCAAUGGUUUAAUUAUUAUUACUAAAAAUAAAUCAUCUCAAAGAUGCAGAAGUAUUUAAAUUAAGCUCAAGAACAGGAGACUUUGAUGUUUAAACUAAGAAUAUAUAUUUUAGGUUUUUGGCUUUGAGCAAGAAAUUUGUAGCAGUUGAAAAGGAUUACCCACUUAAAGAAUUCCUUGCUUAAAUUCCAUCGUAUAUUUCCUAUAUGGAUACUGAACAAGAUUUUUUAAAGUAAUAUCUUAGAGCGAACCCACAAUAAUAAUACUUGAUAGAUUCGAAUAGAAAUGAAAAAUGACAAUUAA